GACACAGUCCCAACCGCAAGGCUAGUGGCGGGGGAAGACUAUUAUGCCUGUUAUUCUCGCGCUGUGGGGAUGGUGAGUGUGCGUGCGUGUGGGUGUUUGUGUGGGUGCGCGCGCGCGCCGAUGCCGGGCGAGAGCUGCCUUUGGGAUAGAGCCAGCGCCGCCGCCGCCUCCUCCUCUCGCCAAACCUCCGCACCGCACGCAAAGUUCUCUGUGGGGGAAAGUGGACCCCCGUCACGACCCGAGUCUCCCCCGCGUCUAGCUGCCAGGUGGCUGCGGGAGCGGGAUCGUGCCUAGAGCCGCCUUUCCGUCCUUAGCCCGCAGCGCUGAGGGUCUCAUGCAGGGGGGCGAGGAAGAGCCCGAAAGCACCAGGGGAAUGAAUGCAAGCAGACCCACAACCUGUAUAAAUAGUCCUAGAGUAAUAAGCCACCAUGCCAAAAGAGGAAUGGAGGAAGACACAACAUGGCCUAAACAACAACAGCACAACUUUUCCUUGUUUCCUUCCACAAAAGCCUGGAAUUUCAGAGGGAAGAAACGCAAGCAGAGUACCCAAGAUGAAGAUGCAAUCAGUGUGUGUAGCUUUGAUUCAAGUGAGCCCAGUAACAAGCGGGUCAAGCCUCUUUCUAGAGUGACAUCAUUAGCAAGCUUAAUUCCUCCUGUCCGAACAACUCCCUUGAAGCGAUUUGGACAGACACUCCAGCGGUCUAUCAGUUUUCGUAGUGACAAUCGGUCUGACCUAAUUGCAUCCCGUUCCUGGAUGAGAAAUGUACCCUCUGUUAGCACCAAGCGACGAGACAGUAAACUCUGGAGUGAGACUUUUGAUGUUUGCGUCAAUCAGAUGCUCACAUCCAAAGAAAUUAAGCGCCAAGAGGCUAUAUUUGAACUUUCACAAGGAGAAGAAGACUUGAUAGAAGACUUAAAGUUAGCAAAGAAGGCGUACCAUGAUCCAAUGCUUAAGCUUUCCAUAAUGUCUGAACAAGAAUUAAACCAAAUUUUUGGAACAUUAGAUUCUUUAAUUCCUCUUCAUGAAGAUCUUCUUAGGAGACUAAAGGAAAUUAGAAAGCCUGAUGGAUCUACAGAAUCAGUUGGUCACAUUCUUGUGAGCUGGCUGCCAUUCUUGAAUUCUUAUGAUAGUUACUGUAGCAAUCAAGUGGCUGCUAAAGCUUUGCUGGACCAUAAAAAACAGGAUCACAGAGUGCAGGACUUCCUACAGCGUUGCUUGGAAUCGCCUUUCAGUCGCAAAUUAGAUUUAUGGAAUUUCCUUGAUAUCCCACGCAGCCGUCUGGUGAAAUAUCCAUUGCUGCUUAGAGAGAUUUUGAGGCACACACCAAAUGAUCAUCCAGAUCAUCAGCACCUUGAAGAAGCUAUGAAUAUUGUUCAAGGCAUAGUAGCAGAAAUCAAUAAAAAGACGGGAGAAUCUGAAUGUCAGUAUUACAAAGAGAGGCUGAUAUAUCUUGAUGAUACCCAAAGGGACUCCUUGAUAGAUGAGUCACGUGUUGUUUGCUGUCAUGGUGAACUAAAAAACAACAGGGGAGCGAAAUUUCAUGUCUUUCUUUUCCAAGAAGUGCUAGUAAUUACUCGGACAAUUCUUCAUAAUGAACAACUCUGCUACCAAAUGUAUCGACAGCCCAUCCCUGUGAAGGAUCUUAUGCUGGAAGACUUGCAAGAUGGAGAGGUGCGAUUAGGUGGAUCCAUACGUGGUGCAUUCAGCAACAAUGAGAGAAUUAAAAACUUCUUUAGAAUCAGCUUCAAAAAUGGAUCACAAAGUCAGUCCCACUCAUUACAAGCAAAUGAUACCUUCAAUAAACAGUUGUGGCUCAACUCUAUCCGUCAAGCCAAAGAACUGAUUUUGCGUGCCUCGGGUGAGAGUGGAGUCCUUGAUUUGGAAGGAUCUGUAUUAGCAUCAAGUAGGAACAGUAUAUUCCAGCAAGAAUCCAAGUCUGAACAAAUGGACCAGUCAGACAGUGGAUCUAACUGCAGCAUGGACACUAGCGAAAUCAGCCUUGAGUGUGACCACAUGCAAGAGACAGAUUCUUGGGAGAAUGACAGAGAGUUAGAAAGCAAUGUCUGACAAAAGCUUCAAGAGGCUUUCAGUGUCUUAUAUGUACGUAUUUGGAUUCCAUAUGUGGAGCAAGAAGCACUUUUUAAUAUUUUUGUGACAAUAUCAAUUCAAUCCCUAUUAUAUUUGUACCUGUUGACCAUAAUACUGUAACUGCCAGUAUGUGUGAUUUGGAAUGUAUGGCAACCAUAGUCUUGUGAUAGUCUGUAAAUGUCUCAGUGGUUGAGACAGGUACUUGAGCAAUUAUUUCACACAUCCUGUUGGUAGACAUGAUUUCUAAACUACUGGUUUAGACAUACUAUAUAGCAGGUGUCCCUGUUUAUAAAGUGCCCACAUUUGAUGUUUCAAAUGGCAACCGAACACAAGUUGUCUGCAUGGCAUUGUUAGAGUAUUAAAGUCAGGAAGUUAGAAAAGACAUGGUUUCAGAAAGCUUGAAGUUACAACUGAGUUACUUAUUACCCAGUGAUUUGACAUAAGUACAUUACUUGACAUUAAGUACAUUACUUGCAUGGGUGCAUAAGCUAUGACAAGUAGCAUAUUAGACAGUGGAAGGUGUUCAAAAAAUGAGGACUCAAGUGAUGUCCAACUUUUAUAAAGCAGUGCUAUAUCUUAGGAUAAACUAAAAUACUAAGUCAGCAAUAAAAUACAGCUUGAUUUAAAUAUUUAGGGUGAAAUUUAAGAUACACAUGUCAACAAUUAACAUGGCUAAUGCAAUAAAAUAGGGUUUCUCUAAGUGCAUACAUGCAAGAAAAUCAUUUGAAAAUUGGUACUUCUUUAAUACGGAAAAUCUAAAACUUUGUAUGAUUGUGCUGUGAAAUAAGCAGAUUCAAUUUUAAUAAACAUUAAAAGCAUGGAAGCACCAAAAAUGACAGCUGAAAUAUUUUGAGUUCAUUUAAACAGAAUUAUUUUGCUUCGUGUAGCCUUUCUGAGGUAACAUAUCACUUUGUACAUAAAAUGGUGGCUUUUUUAGUUUGUCUUACAUUUUAAAAAUAAAAAUUAUAAUCAAGACUUAUCGUGGGAAAAUUAGUUGGGUAAGCAGCAAAUAAACCUUCUCUUUCUCAGUUUCCAUGAUUGCUCAUAUUCCUAGCCUUCGUUGUAGAUACAGAUGGAGAUGCCUGACAGGGAAAGGAUGGCAAAUGAUAAAAGAAGCCACAAGGUCCAUCCCUUUUAUACAUGUGUUGUGACAUCACAAACACAUACAACAGGAACAAACUUAGAGGAUGACACUGCUUUGUUUUUUUUCAUUUUGACAAAAGCAUCAUAUCCUGUUGCCACCACUGAGACUAGAUAACUUCUGUCAUGAAUUCUGUAUAAGAAACUUGUUUAAUAUACUUCUCAUAUUAAAAUUCAGAAUACAUAUAAUGUGAUUCAGAUGUAAACAUUAUCAACCUUGCAAAAAUUUGGAAUAGGGAUUCCCCACUAGAAAACAUUAGAAAGGCCAAGUUUUUAAGUUAAUUCACUUUCAUGUUUAUAAAGUGUAUUAUCAGGAGUUUAAACUGCUUAGUUAAUAGUGAUUAAAAUAAGCCAUGAUUGCCACAAUUAAAAUCAUGAUUCAGAUAUUUUCAUCUAACAGACCUCCCGAUAAAGCAUUGGCUUCUUUAGCACCAAUCUGUACCAUUCUAUAAUUCUCUGUUUUGAGAACUGUCUGUAGCACCUACUCUUAUUCUAGUAACUCAACUGCAAAGUGUUCCGAUUAACAUCUCAGAAAAAUGUUCAGCUAUUCUUUGAUUAGCUUCCCCAGCUAAACUUGGGAAAAUGCCAAUAAACUGGGAAAUUGAGUUAAAAAAAGUACAAUUAGGUUUGAACAAGAAUAAAUUUAGUAUUUUACUGAUUUCUUAUAAAUGGGCCUAUAAUACACAACUUAGUGCACUGAAAUAUAAUUAUUACUAUUAUUUUCCAUACAGUAUAGACUCCUCAGUACAACAGUAAUGUUGAAAAAAUGUAUACAUCAAACAUUUUAUGUUUACAGAAAAACUAGGGGAGUAAAUAAGGUAUCAGGUUUUUUUUAUGUUUCACAAUCUGUUACACAUAAUUAUGUUAAAAUAAUCAGUAUAUAAUAGAUUAUUUUACUUUUUUUAAAAAAAGUAUGAAUUACAAUUAUCAUUGUUUAGGAUAUUUCUGUAUGUAUAGGAUUAAAAUAUUAUGAUCAUGUUUCAAUCUUGUAAUUUAUUUAACUUGCUUUAUUCUGGAAAAUGUUCACCAAUCAAGGGAAGCAGAUCCAGUGACGUGGUUUAAUGCAAUGUUCCAGACUGGGCUUGGAGUAUUAGUUACAAAGGAGACACAAUAGAAAAUACAUUAAACUACAAUCUUACCAUUUUUACAGUCUUACAACACAUGGGAAUAAGUCCAAAUGACACAAUGGGACUAUUUCUCAGUAAAUAUACCAAGGAUUGUGUGCUUAAGUUGUGAACUACUGAACUGACAAAUACUUGCCAAAAUGUUAGAGAGGUUGUAUGUUUUCAUUUAUUAAAAAUACUGUAUUAGUGAUUAAAUAUUUUUGCAUAAUAGCCUUAUACUGUUCUCAAAACAUUUCAAAUAAAUUACACUGAAUUAUG